AUGCAGAACAAUGCCCUUAUUGAUGCCACUGUUGAUACUAUUCAUGAUAUUCGUCAUAAAAUUGCCGCCUUCCACUAUGAGGAGGACGAGAAGGUCAAAGCUGCAAAACGCAAGGCUGCUGAAGAGACGCUGCCGUUCAUUUUAGAACGUUUGGACCAGCAAGUGAAGGAAAAUGACGGCUACUUCUACGAUGGUACUCUCUCUUGGGCUGAUUUAACAUUCGUUGCUCUGCUCGAUUAUUUGAACUUUAUGUACAAGUCUGAUCUGAUCGAGAAUUACGAGAAUCUGAAGCUGCUGGAGAAAAAGGUCCUCCUUCUGCCCAAGAUCAAAAACUGGAUUGAGAGACGCCCAGUUAGCGAAUUCUAAACUUCACGAUUGCUUAUGGUUUUAUAAGCGUUUAAAGAUUGCGGUCUUAGUGUGUUGAGAGAAUGAAGAACGAAUCGUGUUGAUGCAAGUUUGUAUGGAAUAUACUGAUUGCUUUUAACAUUCAUUAGUUCCAGUUAUUACCGAUAUUUUUGUCAUUUAGUCAGGGUUUUCCCUUUAGAUUACGUUGUGAUAGAGAACUAUUAUUUGUGUAUUCCUACAGAAACAUACGAACUAUAUAAACUGUUGACACGAUGUUGUGCUUUUGUAUUAUAGAGAUAAUAAUAAAACCAUCAAACA